ACAUUGUAAAAUACGACGAAGAGAAAAAAAAAAAAAAACAUUAUUGGGAUCAAGAGAAUGAAGGCAAAGAUCAACUCAGUGUUGGAGAAGAAACUUGAAGAACUCGAGUCUCUUCUUGAAGUAAUCACUUUUGACUAUAAUGAUCCCAAUGUUCGAAAAAUGCAACUCGGAAUCACAUUCGCGAAGACCCUUCUAACGGCUGAGACAUCGUCCCGGCCAAAGGAUGUGGAAGGAGAAGAAGACAUUGAAGAGUUGUAUAAACUGCGUUGCAUGGCAGAGAGGUUAUUCGAAAUGGAGGCUUUUAUCACCAACCAAUUGCCCGGUCAUGGUAAUGGUUUAUUGAUCAAACCGGAAAUGGAAAGUUUGGAAACUAAUGCUUGUAUUAUCAACGGUAAAACCGGUGAGGAUUACUCUUUGGUCGAAUCUUGUCUAAUCGAGUGUAAAGCAGAAGAAGAAGAAGAGAAGGAGGAAGAAGUAGAGGCUGAGCAGUGGCCAUUGUUCCAAGAAGCGUCAUCAUCAUCGGAGAAGGGAGAGGUUACGAUUCCGGCGGUGGCGACGGUUAAGGAAGAUGUGAUGGUUAGUGAAGUGAAAGAGAAGGGUUGUGUUGGUUUUAGGGCAUUGGUUUGUUUCGGUUUAAUUGGUUUAGUUGGGUGUGUGAUGAGUUUAGUUGGUUAUAUUGGUGAUAUCAUGGAGGAGGAUAAAUAUUUCCUUACCCCUACUUAAAUGAUUAUUUGUUUCGUUUUCACUCUACUUAAAGACUCUAAGUUGUAUUCUUUUUAUUUAUUUUUGGUUAAUCAAACUUUCA